AUAUCUUUCCCUUAAAAAAAAGUACAAUAAUAUCCUCUAGUAAAUUGAAAAUACAUUGAAUUAUACUCAAAUAAUUUACAAAGUAGCUAGAUUAUUGUUUUUGUUUUAUUUGAUUGAAACAAAACAAUUUUUCCAACUUACAAAUGAUAAUGCAUUUUGGUGUGUUGACCGCUGUAUGGCCGCUCUUAAAAGAACAAAAUAAUCUCUAUAACACUAAUUAAAUUACCUCCAUAACAUUGACUGAGUAGCCCCUCUAACACUGGCCAACCACAUGUAAGAAUUUGUGUAUUGUUUAUUUACUUUGUUUAUUUAUCGUUUUUUUCCCCCUGUUUUAUAAGUAAAAAAAUUCAAGGAAAGGUAAAUUAAACUUGAAAACAUGGAAAAUGAGUCAAAAAAAGAAGAAAGUGAAGGGGAUAAGAAAGGGAGGAAUAUAAGGUAAAUAAGUAAAGAGAAGAUAAUUAAGAUAUAUGGUACUAUGAAGAAAGUAAACCCCAAUUGGGGCUAUCUCUCAAAUAAAGAAAUAAAUCCCCCAUAUUAGUAUUUAAUUAAUUAAAUUAAUUACAAUAAUUAUCAACAAUCAAUUAGGUAUUGACAAGUCCCCACAUAGUCAUACGCAAUACUCUCCUCUCUAAUCUCCAUAAUCAAUAUUAGGGAAGAGAUUAGCAAACUUAAUUACCAAUAUAUUAUACUUAAAUACCUCCCACCGUCCUAAUUCAUUUUAGGAGUCUCCUCUCAACAACCCUUCAAAUUUCAACACCCCUUCGAUCUUCCUUUUAUUUUUAAUUCAAUUUUUAUUAAUUAAUAAACAAAGAAUUAUUUAGGGUAAAUAAAUUGGGGAGGAGGGUAGAGACACUGGAAUUUAGGGGUUUGUUUUUUCUGUAACGGGAUUGCCCUCUAGAUUCCAAGAACGGUGUUUGCUUUAUAAUUCCGUCCCAAAAAAUAGUGUCACUUGUGAGAUAACUCGGCCAAGGAUUCUUCAUUGAAUUCAAUGGCUCAGCAACCAAAUAACGAUAACACCAACAUUAACAAUGAUGAUGAUGAGGAAGAGGAGGUGGUUACGCUAUCAGUGACACCGUCAAAGGCAGUCGUUGACGUUGACUUUAACAACAACACCGGGGACGAAGGCGGAGGAGGAGGAGGAGGAAGCGUAGGAGGAGGAAUAAAGGCGGCGAGGUUGCCGAGGUGGACGAGACAGGAAAUACUCGUACUUAUUCAAGGAAAACGGGUGGCUGAGAAUAGAGUACGCCGAGGAAGAAGUGCGGUGUCGUGUGAUAGUAGUCAAGGACAACAACAACAAGUGGAACCAAAAUGGGCAACAGUGUCAUCUUACUGUAAGAGACAUGGAGUGAACAGGGGUCCUGUUCAGUGUAGAAAAAGAUGGAGUAAUUUAGCAGGUGAUUUUAAGAAGAUUAAAGAAUGGGAAUCUUUGGUUAAAGAUGAGGCUGAUUCUUUCUGGUUGAUGCGUAAUGAUUUGAGAAGAGAGAAGAAAUUACCUGGUUUCUUUGAUAAAGAAGUUUUUGAUAUUCUCAACAACAACAACAACACUGCUACUGCUACUUGUUCUGGUUCUGAAUCAUUACCACCUGACUCAAUUGUCGAACCGCUCUUUGACAGUGGCAGGAGUGCUGCUGCUGAUGACGGGUUAUUCUCCGAUUUCGAACCUACACACCCGCAGCAGCAGCAGCAGCAGGAUGAUGAAAUUAUGGGUGAUAAUGAUAAUCAAGUUGAGGUUGAGAUUAAGGUUGAACCUCAACCUCUUUUGCUGUCUUCUCCUAAUACUACAACUACUACUAUUCCGGCUCCUACUCCUAUUUCUGAGAAGCGGUACCAGCCUAAGACUGCAGAAGUCACACCUCCAGGAUCUGCAGGAAGAAAUAAUGAGAAGCAACAAGACAGGAUAAAUGUUGAAAUUGGAUCAACAUCUCGUGAGGGAAGAAAGCGAAAACGGUUUAUGGACAAAGAUGAUAAUAACAACAAUGGUGAGCAGGAUGAAUUAUGUCAAGUGUUGGAGAAGAAUGGAAGAAUUCUAAGUGCUCAACUGGAUGCUUACAACAUUAAUCUGAAACUUGACAGGGAAGAACGUAGAGAUCAUGCUAAUAGCUUAGUUGCUGUUCUCAACAAGCUAGCUGAUUCUUUGGGAAGGAUUGCAGAUAAGCUGUCGUAGUAGCUCAGUUGCUCGCCUCGAUCUCGAUUUCUUCUUGUCUGAUUGCCUUGAAAAUGGCGACAUAAUGUAUAUAAGUGAACUACACUCAGCUCCCAUGCAUUCUACAUUACUACAUACACUUCUAGUUGGCGAUGAUGGAUAGGAUUAUCAGAAUAUCUAGAGAGUUUGAUUGAUGAUUUAAUUUGCGUCUUUUAGUUUGAUUUAAUAUUUUAUCCUUAGCUUCGUUCUUUCUACAUACAGUGCACAACAGCAUUUAAGUACUCUGUUAUGCAUCAUAAUAUGAAAUAAUAUGCCGGUGAUUACAUACUUUUUUUCCUU